AUCUAACAGCAGACUGUACUCACAGUUUUGAAGUUGCUACUUCUGACCACUGCCAGAUCGUCCCUGCUGGCCCAUUUGGAAAAAGAUCUUCACUGACUGAAGGAGAGCAGAUUUUGCUAGAGAACAAAACGACCAGGAAAACCAAUCAAAGAAAUACAGCAAAGUUUAUUUCAUAAAUGGAUAAGAUGGACGAAAGGAAUAUCGACCUAGAAGAGCAGGUGACAGCGGGAGUAGCUGGAGAUGCCCUCCAUAAAACAACUGUGGAGAAGGCAGCAAAAACAGCAAGUGCAGAAGCAGGCAAAAUUGGAAAAUUUAAGGGUUUAAGAAGAAACGUCACUGCCCAAGAUCUAUUCAAAUCUCAAAUCAUUGACAAGAAGGUGCUCGAUGAUUUGAAUGCUGGGAAAGUCACUGUCGAUGAUGUCAGUGAAAUGGACUCUGUGCGGAAAUACCUGCAGGGAACAAAUUGCAUUGCAGGUGUGUUUGUUCAGGCCACACAACAGGUCAUGAGCGUCUAUGAGGCAAAGUGCAAGAACCUCCUCACUCCUGGGACUUCUCUGGUGCUCCUGGAAGCACAAGCUGCCACAGGGUUCAUAAUCGACCCAGUGAAGAACAGGAAGCUCUCUGUAGAAGAGGGCGUAAAUGCAGGGGUGGUCAGUUCAGAAUUAAAAUGCAAGCUACUAUCUGCAGAGCAAGCGGUGACAGGCUACACUGAUCCCUACACGGGGAACACAAUUUCCCUUUUCCAGGCCAUGAAGAAGGAUCUGAUCGUCAAGGACCAUGGCAUUCGGCUUCUGGAAGCACAGAUCGCCACUGGUGGCAUCAUUGACCCAGUGAACAGUCAUCGAAUUCCGGUACAAGUGGCGUACCAGCGAGGGUAUUUUGAUGAGGAAAUGAAUCUGAUCCUUUCUGACCCCAGUGAUGAUACUAAGGGCUUUUUUGACCCCAACACUCAAGAGAACCUCACCUAUUUGCAGUUGUUGGAACGAUGUGUGAGGGAUCCAGUAACUGGCCUUAGCUUGCUUGUUGUUGUAAAGAAAGGAGAACAGUACUUCUUCGUUGAUGAGAAAACCAAAAGCAUUCUGAAAUCCACCACCACUACCAAAGCAGGGGGUCACUUUUCAGGAAAGGAAGUGUCUCUUUGGGAGCUGCUGUAUUCCCAGUAUGUAGUUGAAGAGAAAAGGCGGGAAAUAGUCGAGCAGUACAAAUCUGGGGUAAUUACAAUUGAGCAGUUUACGGUGCUCCUCCUGCAAAUAAUUACAGAGAAGACGACUGUUACACAGACAGUAACAACUACAACAACUAAGGAAGUAUGCACAAUUGGAAAAUUUAAAGGUCUAAGGAGGAACAUUACUGCUGAAGACCUUUUCAAAUCUCAAAUCAUUAACAAAAAGUUGCUCGAUGAUUUGAAUGCUGGGAAAGUCACUGUCGAUGAUGUCAGUGAAAUGGACUCUGUGCGGAAAUACCUGCAGGGAACAAAUUGCAUUGCAGGUGUGUUUGUUCAGGCCACACAACAGGUCAUGAGCAUCUAUGAGGCAAAGUGCAAAAGCCUCCUCACUCCUGGGACUUCUCUGGUGCUCCUGGAAGCACAAGCUGCCACAGGGUUCAUAAUCGACCCAGUGAAGAACAGGAAGCUCUCUGUAGAAGAGGGGGUAAAUGCAGGGGUGGUCGGUUCAGAAUUAAAAAGCAAGCUGCUGUCUGCAGAGCGAGGGGUGACAGGCUACACUGAUCCCUACACGGGGAACACAAUUUCCCUUUUCCAGGCCAUGAAGAAGGAUCUGAUCGUCAAGGACCAUGGCAUUCGGCUUCUGGAAGCACAGAUCGCCACUGGUGGCAUCAUUGACCCAGUGAACAGUCAUCGAAUUCCAGUACAAGUGGCGUACCAGCGAGGGUAUUUUGAUGAGGAAAUGAAUCUGAUCCUUUCUGAUCCCAGUGAUGAUACUAAGGGCUUUUUUGACCCCAACACUCAAGAGAACCUCACCUAUUUGCAGUUGUUGGAACGAUGUGUGAGGGAUCCAGUAACUGGCCUUAGCUUGCUUGUUGUUGUAAAGAAAGGAGAACAGUACUUCUUCGUUGAUGAGAAAACCAAAAGCAUUCUGAAAUCCACCACCACUACCAAAGCAGGGGGUCACUUUUCAGGAAAGGAAGUGUCUCUUUGGGAGCUGCUGUAUUCCCAGUAUGUAGUUGAAGAGAAAAGGCGGGAAAUAGUUGAGCAGUACAAAUCUGGGGUAAUUACAAUUGAGCAGUUUACGGUGCUCCUCCUGCAAAUAAUUACAGAGAAGACGACUGUUACACAGACAGUAACAACUACAACAACUAAGGAAGUAUGCACAAUUGGAAAAUUUAAAGGUCUAAGGAGGAACAUUACUGCUGAAGACCUUUUCAAAUCUCAAAUCAUUAACAAAAAGUUGCUCGAUGAUUUGAAUGCUGGGAAAGUCACUGUCGAUGAUGUCAGUGAAAUGGACUCUGUGCGGAAAUACCUGCAGGGAACAAAUUGCAUUGCAGGUGUGUUUGUUCAGGCCACACAACAGGUCAUGAGCAUCUAUGAGGCAAAGUGCAAGAACCUCCUCACUCCUGGGACUUCUCUGGUGCUCCUGGAAGCACAAGCUGCCACAGGGUUCAUAAUCGACCCAGUGAAGAACAGGAAGCUCUCUGUAGAAGAGGGCGUAAAUGCAGGGGUGGUCAGUUCAGAAUUAAAAAGCAAGCUGCUGUCUGCAGAGCGAGGGGUAACAGGCUACACUGAUCCCUACACGGGGAACACAAUUUCCCUUUUCCAGGCCAUGAAGAAGGAUCUGAUCGUCAAGGACCAUGGCAUUCGGCUUCUGGAAGCACAGAUCGCCACUGGUGGCAUCAUUGACCCAGUGAACAGUCAUCGAAUUCCAGUACAAGUGGCGUACCAGCGAGGGUAUUUUGAUGAGGAAAUGAAUCUGAUCCUUUCUGACCCCAGUGAUGAUACUAAGGGCUUUUUUGACCCCAACACUCAAGAGAACCUCACCUAUUUGCAGUUGUUGGAACGAUGUGUGAGGGAUCCAGUAACUGGCCUUAGCUUGCUUGUUGUUGUAAAGAAAGGAGAACAGUACUUCUUCGUUGAUGAGAAAACCAAAAGCAUUCUGAAAUCCACCACCACUACCAAAGCAGGGGGUCACUUUUCAGGAAAGGAAGUGUCUCUUUGGGAGCUGCUGUACUCCCAGUAUGUAGUUGAAGAGAAAAGGCGGGAAAUAGUUGAGCAGUACAAAUCCGGGGUAAUUACAAUUGAGCAGUUUACGCUGCUCCUCCUGCAAAUAAUUACAGAGAAGACGACUGUUACACAGACAGUAACAACUACAACAGCUAAAGAAGUAUGCACAAUUGGAAAAUUUAAAGGUCUAAGGAAGAACAUUACUGCUGAAGACCUAUUCAAAUCUCAAAUCAUUGACAAAAAGUUGCUCGAUGAUUUGAAUGCUGGGAAAGUCACUGUCGAUGAUGUCAGUGAAAUGGACUCUGUGCGGAAAUACCUGCAGGGAACAACUUGCAUUGCAGGUGUGUUUGUUCAGGCCACACAACAGGUCAUGAGCAUCUAUGAGGCAAAGUGCAAGAACCUCCUCACUCCUGGGACUUCUCUGGUGCUCCUGGAAGCACAAGCUGCCACAGGGUUCAUAAUCGACCCAGUGAAGAACAGGAAGCUCUCUGUAGAAGAGGGGGUAAAUGCAAGGGUGGUCGGUUCAGAAUUAAAAAGCAAGCUGCUGUCUGCAGAGCGAGGGGUGACAGGCUACACUGAUCCCUACACGGGGAACACAAUUUCCCUUUUCCAGGCCAUGAAGAAGGAUCUGAUCGUCAAGGACCAUGGCAUUCGGCUUCUGGAAGCACAGAUCGCCACUGGUGGCAUCAUUGACCCAGUGAACAGUCAUCGAAUUCCAGUACAAGUGGCGUACCAGCGAGGGUAUUUUGAUGAGGAAAUGAAUCUGCUCCUUUCUGACCCCAGUGAUGAUACUAAGGGCUUUUUUGACCCCAACACUCAAGAGAACCUCACCUAUUUACAGUUGUUGGAACGAUGUGUGAAGGAUCCAGUAACUGGCCUUUUUUUACUGCCUUUAAGGAAGUGAAUUAUUAUUUGCUAAUUUCGUUUAGUUGUUAUUGAAAUUGAUCAUACAUCUCUGCCCUGCCAUAGAAAUGUUCCUCAGUGGAUGGUUUCUUAUGUCAGCAAUUACAGUCUUUGACAGAUUUUUUAGCUUCACAAAUUACCCCUUAUUGGCCUAAAAUGAAAUGUGUCUUGUAACACUUUUAAACCAACUCUAAAAAGAAAAUCAUUUCUCCUUAUUGGAAUUAUUAUACAAUACAGACUGUCACUGACCUAUGACCUAUGUGACAUACGACCACUCGCACAUAUGACUGACAUUUUAAAAAAUAUAUUCAAAAUAAAAUAGAUCUAUGUAUACCUGCAGGGAACAAACUGUAUAUAUAAAAAUAUUUCAGGCAGCUGUAUGCCUGGCAGUGCUACACUUAUACCAUAUACUAUUGUUUUCUGUGGCAAAUAUCACACAAUAUGCGCUGCGCACUGUACGAAAAGUUUAUAUUUUUUUAAAAUUCUUAUAUAUGUUGCUAUAUGUUGCAUAAAACCUUUUUUGAAGCCUGAGAACAUGUUAGACAUUGGUACACUGUAAUGUAUAUGCCAAUUCACACAUACGUCCAUUUCAACAUGUGACCUGUCUGUCAGGAUGGUGCCCAGACAUAAGUCAGAGACAUUCUAUAGUACAAUAUUUGCCAAAUCUGAUCAUUACAACAUAAUUUACAAGCUGAUGUUUUAAAUAGUUUUUAACUUCACUUAGCCUGGGAUAGGAAUAAUGUUUUGGUACUUGAACAUGGUUUUCUCGAAAAAAACUGUGGUAGAGUUUUUUUUUUUUUUUUUUAAACCUAAAUAUAGAGCAUUUUUUCUGCUUUUAUCUUUGCCCUUCAGUUAAGUUCAGCUCAUAUUCUGUUAUUUUUUUAUUACAUGUUAAAUUUUGUGAACGAAUGGUGUAUAUGCCCUGCAAUGGGUUGGUGCCCCGUCCUGUAUUAUUCCCUGCCUUGUGCCUGUAGCCUCUGGGAUAGGCUACAGACCCAAUGCGACCUUGAAUAGGACAAGCAGGUACAGAAAAAUGUAUGGGUGAGUCAUUAUAAUCCUGUUAUUAUUUGCUUCUUUACUAUAACAAAACUAAUCAAAGUGGAUCUUUAGUUGGUUGAUUUUACUGGUAAUUCAUUUAUGAUGAUGAAAAGCAAAUGGCCUGAUGCCUGCAGAGUUUGUCAUUGAUUUCUGCCACUUACUCUGUUCUUCCCAGGUUUUUUUGUCUUCCCAUAUUUUUCCUCUCUAGGUACUCCAGCUUCCUGAAACAGCCUAUAAACAUGCAUUUUAGGGGAUUUGGUGUCUCAAGCCUGUUCUUUGUUAGACUGGAAUGCAUCAUGUCUCCAUGCUUCCCAAGACAGGUUCUCUAGGUUGCCUGCUACUCUACACUGGGUACUGUAGGUGGUUACAGGACAUGAAUAAAUGGAAAGAGUUUUACAUUAAGUGACUUGCGGGGUUUCAGUGCAUAACUGUGAAAUUUUAUUGAUGUAUCUGUUCACUAUUUAGCAAUCACACUGUGGGGUGGAAUCUGGACUGUGUGUCUAAUUACCUUAUUGACAUUACAAUUAUACAACAGUUCAAUAGUUCCGACCAGGAAAUCUGAUUGGGCAUAACCGUGCUCAGACAUAUCACAUCAGAUGUAUCACUCUGCUUUACAGGUGAAUCUAAAAGCCGUUGCACAGUCAAAUUGAAAUGGUGCAAUGUAGUUGGGAAUGAGUGACCUGUGUUGCGUUGGGAUGUUUGUGCUGUUGGCAACAGUCAACAUUUGCCUGACGGGAAAAUUUUUUUGUGGAGGCCUGUACAUGCUUAAAUGGGAACACUUUACUUGACAGGGCACAAUUGCUUAGUAGUGAUUCAGGUACUACUGAAGUACAAAUCAUGAACAAAUCCUGAACAAAUAUAGUUACUACUCGAGAUAAAAUAUGUCGUGCUUCGUUAAUGAUGAACAAACACAAGUAUCAGUAUUUGACUUGUUAUUCAUUACUUGUUCCUUCAGUAGUGCCUUCAUUGGUUCACAAAGGUUUACAGUAUUAACAGAUAUAGUAACAAAUAUAGUAACUGCUUGGGGAAAAACAUGAGUCACAAUUCAUUAGUGAUGAAUUAACAUGAGAUCAGUAUGUAACUAGGACUAGUUUAUGGUUAAUUAAUACAUAAGUAAUAGUAUACUAUAUUAUUUGUGCAGUCAAGUAAAGUGUUGCCGUUUAAAUAAAAAAUCAAGCAAAGUAUUAUCUGUUGUGGCUUAUUACUGUUAACCCUACUCGAUGAACUGUUGUAUAAAAGCAACAACACCCUCUAAGUCAUGUGGUUGUACUCCAAUAUAUCAUGGCUGUGAUUUGGUAAUAGACAUAAGGCGGCACUUCUUCUCAUGUUAUUGCUUAAAGUGUGCAGCUAUAUAGCUGGUAUACAUUGUUAUUGCUUCUCAUGUUAUUGCUUAAAGUGUGCAGCCUCAUAGCUGGUAUAUAUUGUUAUUGCUUCUCAUGUUAUUGCUUAAAGUGUGCAGCUUCAUAGCUGGUAUACAUUGUUAUUGCUUCUCAUGUUAUUGCUUAAAGUGUGCAGCUUUAUAGUUGGUAUACAUUGUUCUUUAAAUAAAAUGAAUCACACAA